UACUACUACUUGCAAACUCUCCGUAAUCAACGACUCGUAGUCGUAUUACUCGAACUUUCGCCUCUAUCAAACCACAACAUAAUUAAAGUCCAUGCCUCGACUACAUAGCGACCCCAACUUGAAUAUUUGCCCGGACUACGCAGAUGGCGUUUUUGCCGACACGAGGCUGCAACUUACAAAUGAGAACAUCAACGAACAACAGGCCAUCGCCAUUCUUAGGAACAUUUGGCAAGCGGAUAACAAUAUCGCUAAAGCUCAAUGGGAUAGACAAGUGGAAGAGGAUAGAGAACGCCAAGAACACGUGGAUAGACUCAACGACGAGGAACAGGAGAGGCUAGAACAUGAUCGACGGGAAGAAGACGAAGCAACGCAGAAAGAAGAUCGGAAGAAGAACAAGUUCAAGUACACUUCUAUUCCCCAGCGUGACGUACCCACAGAGCCCGUCAUCAUCCCAUCAUCUUACGCUACAUGCAAGCUCGACAAAGGGGACUACGUCGAAUUAUGGUACUUUACCAACGCAGGUCUUGAUGACGCCAAGCUCAAGACUUCAGUAAGCGAGGACGCUAUGAUAAUGGCAACAUUAGCUGGAGGGGAAACAGCCUGGGUAUCUGCGGCGUCGAUGAGAAACGCCAGCACCAUCGUCGACGACCAGAACUUACCUUUCGAGGACUUUUGCCAAGCGUGUCCUCGCAUCAUCUCAGCUAUG